CGACUGACGGCGCAGGACGCACUGGUGGUGCCGCGGCCGGACUGGGGUGAAUUCCUGGGACCCUCGGUCGUGGAAGGCUUCCCGCGGAGACUACUGGGCCGGGAGUCGCGGAGACUCGGAGACUGGGGUUCCCUGGAACCGAGUCAUGCCCCAGUGCCACGGGCUGGCAUCCGUUACCUGGAGCGACUGAGACCCUGAGAUGUUCAGAGAGGGUUUCGUCACAGACCACACAGCCAGCAUUUCAGCCAACCUCUGUGCCCUCCUGAGAACGGGCCACUAUGCCCAAGAUAACCCUGAAUGGCGUGACCGUGGAUUUCCCUUUCCAGCCAUACAAAUGCCAGGAGGAGUACAUGACCAAAGUUCUGGAGUGUCUGCAGAAGAAAGUGAACGGCAUCCUGGAGAGCCCCACGGGCACAGGGAAGACCCUGUGCCUGCUCUGCAGCGCGCUGGCCUGGCGGGAGCACCUUCGCGACUCCAUCUCCGCCCGAAAGAUUGCUGAGAGGACCCAAGGGGAGCUCUUCCUCGAUCGCCCCUUGUCUUCCUGGGGAAAUGCUGCUUCAGAGGGAGACGCCACAGCUUGCUACGCGGACAUCCCAAAGAUCAUCUAUGCCUCCAGGACCCACUCGCAGCUCACGCAGGUCAUCGGCGAGCUUCGGAACACGUCCUACCGGCCCAAGGUGUGUGUGCUGGGCUCCCGGGAGCAGCUGUGCAUCCACCCCGAGGUGAAGCAGCAGCAGAGCAGCCACAUGCAGAUCCACCUGUGCCGCAAGAAGGUGGCUAGUCGCUCCUGUCACUUCUACAACAACGUGGAAGAGAAGAGCCUGGAGCAGGACCUGGCCACCCCCAUCCUGGACAUCGAGGACCUGGUCAGGAGUGGGACUAAGCACAAGCUGUGCCCGUACUACUUGUCCCGCACCCUGAAGCUACAGGCCGACAUCAUCUUCAUGCCGUACAACUACUUGCUGGAUGCCAAGAGUCGCCGAGCGCACAGCAUUGACCUGAAGGGGGCAGUCGUGAUCUUUGACGAAGCUCACAACGUGGAGAGGAUGUGCGAGGAGUCGGCGUCCUUUGACCUGACCCCCCACGAUGUGGCUUCCGGACUGGACGUCAUAGACCAGGUCUUGGAGGAGCAGACCAAGGCAGCGCAGCGGGGCGAGUUCCACCUGGAGUUCGGCGCAGACUCCACCUCAGGGCUGCACAUGGAGCUGGAGGACAUUGCGAAGCUGAAGAUGAUCCUGCUUCGCCUGGAGGGGGCCAUCGAUGCCGUGCAGCUUCCCGGAGAGGACAGAGGUGUCACCAAGCCGGGGAGCUACAUCUUCGAGCUGUUCGCUGAGGCCCAGAUUACAUUUCAGACCAAGGGCUGCAUCUUGGACUCCCUGGACCAGAUCGUCCAGCACCUGGCAGGACGCCCCGGGCUGUUCACCAACACGGCGGGACUGCAGAAGCUCGCGGACAUCAUCCAGGUCGUGUUCAGUGCGGACCCUGCUGAGGGCUCCUCGGGGGGCCUCGGGACCUCUCAGUCCUACAAGGUGCACAUACACCCCGACACGAGCCGCAGGAGGACAGCCCCGCAGUCAGAUGCCUGGAGCACCACAGCGGCCAGAAGGCCAGGGAAGGUGCUCAGCUACUGGUGCCUGAGCCCCGGCUGCAGCAUGCGCGAGCUGGUCCGCCAGGGGGCCCGCACCCUCAUCCUCACCAGUGGCACGCUGGCCCCCGUGUCCUCCUUCGCGCUGGAGAUGCAGAUCCCUUUCCCAGUCUGCUUGGAGAACCCGCACGUCAUCGACAAGCACCAGAUCUGGGUGGGGAUUGUCCCCAAAGGCCCCGAUGGAGCCCAGCUGAGCUCUGCCUUUGACAAACGGUUCUCUGAUGAGUGCUUGUCCUCCCUGGGGAAGGCGCUGGUCAACAUCUCCCGCGUGGUCCCCCACGGGCUGCUGGUCUUCUUCCCCUCCUACCCAGUGCUGGAGAAGAGCCUGGAGUUCUGGCGGGCCCGUGACUUGGCCAGGAAGCUGGAGGCUCUGAAGCCGCUGUUUGUGGAGCCGAGGACCAAGAGCAGUUUCUCCGAGGUGAUGGGUGCCUACUACUCAAGUGUCGCCUCCCCGGAGUCCCGAGGGGCCGCCUUCCUGGCUGUGUGCCGGGGGAAGGCCAGCGAGGGGCUGGACUUCGCAGAUGUGAAUGGCCGAGGGGUGGUCGUCACGGGUCUCCCGUACCCGCCACGCAAGGACCCCCGGGUCAUCCUCAAGAUGCAGUUUCUGGACGAGAUGAAGAGCCAGAGCAGGGCCUCGGGCCAGUUCCUCUCUGGGCAGGACUGGUACCGGCAGCAGGCGUCCAGGGCUGUGAACCAGGCCAUCGGAAGGGUCAUCCGGCAUCGCCAUGACUACGGGGUCGUCUUCCUCUGCGACCACAGGUUCGCCCGCGCAGAGGCCAGAGCCCAGCUGCCCUCCUGGGUGCGCCCCCACGUCCACGUGUAUGACCACUUCGGCCCCGUCAUUCGAGACGUGGCCCAGUUUUUCCGGGUUGCUCAGAGAACAAUGCCGGUGCCGGCGCUCCUGGCCACUGCCCCGAGUCCUGGUCGAGGAGAAGGCAUCGCCGCGGCUGCGCCCCACGGGCCCCUCUCUGCCCAGGAGGCCAGGAGUCUGGACCUGCACGUCCCCAGCCUGAGGCGGAGGCCCCCAGGACUGCCAGCCUCCGGGGACGACGAGGGCGCCGAGGGCAGCCUGUGUGUCGAGUAUGAGCAGGAGCCGGCUCACACCCAGCGACGGCCCAGGGGGCUGCUGGCCGCCCUGGAGCAGAGCGAGCAGCUGGCCAGGAGGCCUGAGGGCCAGGCCGUGCCCAGGGAGGAGGAGUGCCACAGCCGCUCGCCCCUCCCCCGCCAGAAGAGGUCCUUGGAGGAGCAGAGAGGAGGGAGGAGGAAGAUCAGACUAGUGAGCUGCCAGCAGGGGCCAGCAGCAGGCACGCAGGUGGACAGAGCCAAGCUGUUCAUGGUGGCCGUGAAGCAGGCGCUGAGCCAGGCCAGCUUCGCCAGCUUCGCCCAGGCCCUGCAGGAGUACAAGCGCUCGGACGACUUCCAGGCCCUCGUGGGCCACCUCGUCCCCCUGCUUGCCCAAGACCCCACGAAGCACAGCCUGUUCCAAGGCUUCUGCCAGUUCGUGCGGCCACACCACCGGCCACAGUUCGAGGGGCUCUGCCUCCAGCUGACAGGCCGAGGCUGCGGCCACCUGCCCGAGCACAGCCUCCUGCGUGAGCAGCGGGCACAGCCAGCCCCGGACCCUGGUGGAAGGAGGGAGCCUGUCCCCAAGAUGACCCUGUCCCAGGAUGCAGCCAGGCAGCUGGACUCUGGAGAGCACCUGAACCAGGGACAGCCUCACCUGGCCUCCAGGCCACCACCUGAAGGAGACACCAGCAGCUGUCCACAAGAGGGGCGCAGAGCCCCUCAAGCAGAGAAGUGGGGCCGACCGGCUGUGAGCGCCUACCUGGCCGAUGCCCGCAGGGCCCUGGGGUCUGCUGGCUGUAGCCAGCUUCUGGCAGCUCUGACCACCUACAAGCGGGACGACGACCUGGAGAAGGUGGUCGCCGUGGUGGCAGCCCUGACCACCUCAAGGCCCGAGGACCUGCCCCUGCUACAGAGCAAGUUCCUGAGGAGGGGUGGGGCGGGGGUGAGGGGGCGGGGCGGGGUCUGA